CCUCCGACGGCCGGGGCGGAAGACCCGGGACCCCGCCCGGCCCCUCCCGCUGGCGGAGCGGCUCCGCGCCGGCUCCUCCCCCGGCGCCCGGCGCCCGCCACCCGCCCGGGAUUCGUCGCCGCGCGCGGUUCCGCAGGUGGCAGCGAUGGCCCAGUGCUGAGCGCCCCGCCAUGGCCGGCGCCCCCGGCCCGCUCCGCCUGGCGCUCCUGCUGCUCGGGGCGGUGGGCAGGGCCGGCCCCCGCCCCCAGGGUGCCACUGUGUCCUUCUCAGAGACACUGCAGAAAUGGUGGGAAUACCGACGCCAGUGCCAGCGCUUCCUGAUGGAGACUCCACCCCCAGCCACAGGCCUGUUCUGCAACCGGACCUUCGACGAGUAUGCCUGCUGGCCAGACGGGCUGCCGGGCUCCCUCGUGAACGUCAGCUGCCCCUGGUACCUGCCCUGGGCCAGUAACGUGCUGCAGGGACACGUGUACCGGUUCUGCACAGCUGAUGGCCUCUGGCUGCAUGUGGACAACUCCAGCCUACCCUGGAGGAACCUGUCUGAAUGUGAUGACUCCAAGGGAGGGGAGAGAAGCUUCCCGGAGAAGCAGCUCCUCUCCCUUUACUUCAUCUACACGGUGGGCUAUGCGCUUUCCUUCUCCGCUCUGGUCAUCGCCUCUGCCAUCCUCCUCGGCUUCAGACACCUGCACUGCACCCGGAACUACAUCCACCUGAACCUGUUUGCAUCCUUCAUCCUCCGAGCACUGUCCGUCUUCAUCAAGGAUGCGGUCCUCAAGUGGAUGUACAACACGGCCCCCCAGCAGCACCAGUGGGAUGGGCUCCUCUCCUACCAGAACUCUCUGGGCUGCCGCCUGGUGUUCCUGCUCAUGCAGUACUGCGUAGCGGCCAAUUACUACUGGCUCCUGGUGGAGGGUGUGUACCUGUACACGCUGCUGGCCUUCUCAGCCUUCUCCGAGCAGCGCAUCUUCAGGCUCUAUCUGAGCAUAGGCUGGGGUGUUCCCCUGCUGUUUGUUAUCCCCUGGGGCAUUGUCAAGUACCUCUAUGAGGAUGAGGGCUGCUGGACCAGGAACUCAAACAUGAAUUACUGGCUCAUUAUCCGGCUGCCCAUUCUCUUUGCCAUUGGAGUGAACUUCCUCAUCUUUGUCCGGGUCAUCUGCAUUGUGGUGUCCAAACUGAAAGCUAAUCUUAUGUGCAAGACGGACAUCAAGUGCAGACUUGCCAAGUCCACACUGACACUCAUCCCGCUGCUGGGGACCCAUGAGAUCAUCUUUGCCUUCGUGAUAGACGAGCAUGCCCGGGGGACGCUGCGCUUCAUCAAGCUGUUCACAGAGCUCUCCUUCACCUCCUUCCAGGGCCUGAUGGUGGCCAUCUUGUACUGCUUUGUCAACAACGAGGUCCAGAUGGAGUUUCGGAAGAGCUGGGAGCGCUGGCGGCUUGAGCACUUGCACAUCCAGAGGGACAGCAGCAUGAAGCCCCUCAAGUGUCCCACCAGCAGCCUGAGCAGCGGAGGCACGGUGGGUAGCGGUGUGUACGCAGCCACGUGCCAGACCUCCUGCAGCUAAGACUCCAGCACCUGCCCACCCUGUGCUCUUGCUGCUGGCUGGGUGGUCAUCCCAGGUGGGAGAGACCGUCCGGGGUAGGAAGGAAGGAACACAUGCACACAUACAUCCCUGCUUUCCCUUUCCAAACCCAUCAGACAGGCAAAUGGCCAGUGCCUCCUGGGACCUGUGGACACAUUUUCUCCAAGGAGAAGCAGCCUACUAAUUGGAUCACAGUGGCGGGAGGAGAGGAAAAACGAUUGCUGCUCAAAUGAGGAAGAUUUCUUCCCGUUAAGCUACAAGGCCCCUGGGGUUCCCCAGACAGAGCAGCAAAUCAGCCCUAGACUCAAACUCAAGGUCAAUGACUUAUUAGUGAGACGGGAGCUUGUAAGAGGAGGUGGUUCUGAAAGAUGCUGGUAUAACCUCAGCCAAACACAGAGCUUAGGUAACAUGGGCCAACUCCGCUUGCCUCUGGUUGGGGCCACCGCCACCCCCAUCUGCCUCCUCAUUAAGGGAUGCUGUUCACGUGUCUGUGUUGCUUGUUUCCCUCAUCUGGACUCCUCAUGUCACGACGCAGCUUCUCUUUGGGGGCUUUGUUUGGGCCACCACCAGCAGCUAUUCCUAGAAAUGGCUGUGGGUGAUGUUAAGAAUGAACAUUGAAAAGGUGGCUGAAGUUUUCCUUUGCUGGUGAUCACUUCUCCCCUGGGUAUUUGAUUGGCUUUGGUGCCUGCUCCCACCAGGCCCAGGGAACGAGGGCAAGCCUGCUGCUGAGGAGUCUGUUCCUGGGCUAUGAGCUCUGAAUUCUAGAGAGGCUCAAGAAUCCUCUGGGUUCAUGUAGGGAACUUUAGAGAUGUCUGCCCUGGGGGAGUAGAUUGCCUACCACUAUUGGGAACUCAGAGGGCCAAGAGAGCUUUGGCUCCACCUGUCCAUGGAAAUGUUUUUCAUUUGUGAGGAGAUUAUGUAUCUUGCAUGGGAGUUUGGGUGUGUCCUCUAACUUUAGGGCAUGUGACCAAGAAGAGACGUUUUCGGGGAAACUACCAGCUGCCAUUGCUACCACGGAGGCCAACUUCUCCUGCCCUUGGUUUCUUCCCUUUGAAAUUCCCCUACUUGGGAGCUUGUACACACUUUAUUUAUUUUUCCUUAUUGCUGUGAAUAAUCUCUAUGUGCAAAUGUGCAAUUCUGAUUUCUCCCACCUGAUGGAAACAAGAACUAAAUCAUUGUGGUGGUGGAUGUUGUUUGGGGGAGUGGGGUAGUAAUUGACUUGGCUCAUCCACACUUUGAGCUAUUAAUGUUUGCCCUGCUUCCAGUCUCAUCCCAUAAAUAAUGAGCAGCAGAGAGGCUAGACAGGGAAAACCUAUCAAUCCUGCCCCAGCCAUGAUGAGAAAGCAGACACGUAGCAGCACUGCAGAGACCCAGGGAAAAGGAGAACUGCCAUCCCAGGGAGGCUGGCAAUUGAGUUCAUGGAUGCAAAGGAAGUUUCCAGAGCAGGAGACAACUCUUGCACGUCUAAUAGGACCUCCUGGGAGGGCAGAGGGAGAAGCAUUGGAUGAAUUCCUUUAUGAGUCCAUCUCUCCCUCCUUCUCCUUUUUAAGUGAUGGGGGACCCUCCCCAAAGCCUUGCACCAGACACAUUCUCCUGUGCCCCUCAGAGAGGCAAGUGAUGUGCAGGGAAAGUAAUAAUGGGACAUAAAACACAUCAAGCAGAAAAUUUCUUAUACUUCAGCUUCAGUGAAGUGUUGUGUCUAUGUUAAUAGGGAAGUUGAACCUCAGGCUAGAGAAAGGAAUUGUGCAGUCUGCCUCCUUGACUGAGCAAAUGUAGAUAGGUGGGGGGUGGGGAUGUUACAGCA